UGCCUCUGUUCUUCUCACAUGUAUCUCCUGUUUCAAAGCUCUUUACCUUAUAAGAUCUCUUCAUCAGACCUUCUGACUGCUACAUCUGAUUUGUGCCACUUUCACACCUGUAUAGGUCCAGUGAGUGUAACUGUGUGUCUGUACAAUGGCGCUGCCAGCUGAGCACAUAUGAUCGGACAUGGAGGCCGUCAUCGCAGUCAACUCCACACAGGACGAGCUCCCACCCGAUGAUGACCCCGGUAACGUUGCUUUCCUUGACUACGACCCCAACACCGGUGCAACUCCCCCAGCUCUGCCCACAUUGGCAUUUGAGGGAGUGAAUUUUCCAGAGGACCCCAUUAGACUGCCGAGCAUACAGGUAGUGUUGAUCCUGGCCUACAGCACCAUUAUUGUGUUGGGGGUUCUGGGUAAUUCUCUCGUCAUCUACGUCAUCUACCGCUUCAAGACACUGCGUACCGUCACCAACUUUUUCAUUGCUAAUCUGGCUGUUGCCGACCUACUUGUCAACACUCUGUGCCUCCCCUUCACCCUCGUGUACACGCUGCAGAGGGAGUGGACAUUUGGUAGCACCCUUUGUUUCCUGCUGCCCUACGCCCAGGGGCUCACUGUUCAUGUCUCCACGGUGACGCUCAAUGUCAUCGCCCUGGAUCGCCACAGGUGUAUCGUCUACCACCUGGAGACUAGGAUGCGUAAGGAUGUGUGUUUCGGGGUGAUAGCAUUGACCUGGGUGCUGAGUGCUGUGCUGGCUAGCCCUCUGGCCAUCUUCAGAGAGUAUGGCUCUUUCACACUGGAACCUGGACACACCAUACAGGUGUGUACGGAGAAGUGGCCUGGUAAAAACACAGACGGCACCAUCUACAGCAUCUCCAUGCUCAUUCUGCAAUAUUUCCUCCCCCUGUCCAUCAUCUCCUUUGCCUACGCCCGCAUCUGGUCCAAACUGCGUGGCCACGUCAGUCCAGCGGAGAGUGGUGGCAACAGCAGCGUCGCUUCCGAGCGCCACCGCCGGCGCCGCAAAACCACCAAGAUGCUGGUGACCAUGGUGGUGGUGUUUGCUGUGAGCUGGCUGCCUUUCCAUGCCUUCCAGCUGGCCACUGACAUCGAUAGCACGGUGCUGGACAUGCGCGACUUCCGCCUGCUCUACACCGUGUUCCAUGUGAUUGCCAUGUGCUCCACCUUUGCAAACCCACUUCUCUACGGCUGGAUGAACCGCAACUACCGCGCUGCCUUCCUUGCCGUCUUUAAAUGUCGCAGGGGUGGGGAGAGAGGGAGGAGCGGGCGGCUGGACAGCAUUCACCCCGCCGGGGGAGGAGGAGGAGGCGGAAGGGCGAAGAAGAUAGUCCUUGAAACGCAGGAUGUCGUGUCUACACGCCUGAAUGCCACUGAUGUGUGAGAUCCUGAGGAGAGCUGGAGGAGAGGAAGAGAUGGAAGAAAAAGGAAGGCAAAGAAAAUUCUUUUGUCCCCCAGAAAACAAAAGAUUCCACAUGGAUACAGAAAGAGAAGGGACAUAAAGAUGGAAACAGAAAUGGCAUUAGUG